UCCUCUCCCCCGCCACCACCCAUCUCUCUCUCUCUCUCUCUCUUCUGUGAGACAUGGAGGACUACGGCUUCCCUUCUUCUGAUCACAACCUCCUGUUCUUCCCAAUUCAUUCGGCCUCGGCCGCUGCCACGCCUUCUCCUUUUCCAGCCUUCUCACAGAUGUUGAGUUCUCAUAAUUUCACGGCGAACGAUCAGAACCAGAGUUCAGGCGGGCGUUUGGGGUUAAGACCGGAGCAACCAAGCCCAUAUUUGGAGAUCAAGGCUUCACAGGAUGAUCAGCUUAACGAUGCCGUUGAGGCAGAUAAUAGUGGAGAUCUGAAACUGGGGAAGAAGAAAGGUGAGAAGAAGGCAAAGAGACCAAGAUAUGCGUUUCAGACGAGAAGUCAAGUGGACAUACUCGAUGAUGGGUACAGAUGGAGGAAGUAUGGUCAGAAGGCUGUGAAGAACAAUAAGUUUCCAAGAAGCUAUUACAGAUGCACUCACCAAUCGUGUAACGUGAAGAAGCAAGUUCAGCGGCUAUCCAAGGACGAGGGGGUCGUAGUUACAACUUAUGAGGGAAUCCACACGCACCCAAUCGAGAAGCCAAUGGACAGCUUCGACAGCAUCCUAAACCAAAUGCAGAUCUUUGCCAACUUCUAAAUCUCCUGAAAAAGCAACAUGCACAAAGAGAAUUAAAAGGCGUUCUCUCUUCUCAGCUUGGUGGAAGAGCGUUGUCAAUAUGAAUGCAAUUCUCAAAGCAUAUUUAUCUUUUAAAUCUGUGUAACUAGGAAUAAGAGUCGACUUAUACUUCAAAGUUAGGCUGAAAUUUGGUUCUUGUUGCCAAUGAGCCACUUUCGGAGUUCCUGCAAUUUUUUUGUUCUUUUUAUUUUGUUAAUUUGCACCAACAUGGAUCGAAGCAAUCAAAUUUAGCCUUGUUGGUAUGCGCAGUUACAUGUAUAAUUCACAUAAACCAUGUAAUAUUUGUUGCCUAACUGCUGGAAAUUAGAAAAUCCAUGAGC